UUUAGUCGCAUAAAAUACACAUGAAAAUAUUAAGUAUAAAGAAAAAAUAUAAAAUAUAAGUACAUAAAUGCGUAUAUCGAGAGAUCGCAUAAGAAAUGCGAUGAGAACUACGCAUAAUUAAAUAUUGAAUUGAUAAUUAAUGGACGUAUUGAUUUUGUGCGUAUCGCUUUUGCGCAAAUCUGCCUGGACUUUGACAUUUUUUUGUUGAUAAGAGAGGAAAAUAAGAGGGAAAAUAGAUACAGAAACACUGGCGCAUAUGUAUACAAUGCAAUAAGAUGUGAUAAGUGAUUUAAUAAUGACGUCGGUUCUGAAUUUGGAUAAAUAUCUGUCUAUCUUUUCGAAAACUGCUAUGUGCAAAAGCUAGAUAUAUUUAUUUAUUUAUUUCGAAUUGCGUUGUGCAAGUCAUGAUAUGCAUGAAGUGUUUAACUGCAUCUAAGAACUACUUUGAAGAACUUUGACAGAAAUGACAGAGAUGAGUAAACACAGGUUGUUUUAUUUCAGACACAAAACGACAGUAUAUACGAUUCAAUAAUCAUGUAUUACGAAGAACAGGCUAAAAAAUGCCAGACAUUUUUACAACAUUCCAACGUUCGUAAAUUUAUCCUCAGAUUUAAGGAGCAGUUGGCCCGCAAUCCGUUUCUGCAGGUGGCUACCUUCAUUGCAUUAGCAUCGCUUCUUGCACCCAUCUUCUUGUUUAUUAUAUUUGGUAUCGUCAGCGCUAUAUUUGUAUUUAUUGGUUUUAUGAUAGUUCAAGGGACAGUAUUAGCUAUUGGCGCGAGUAUUUUAAGCUGUAUACUUUUCUUCGUCAUAAGUACUAUUACAAUGGUAGGAUUAUUUAUCCUUUGUGUUUAUUAUAUAUUGCAUUAUACGAACCGUGUGUUUAAUCUUUUGAUCUCUAAAACAUAACUGUACAUAAAGAAUUGUAUAAUAAAAAUCUUUAAUAAAAGAAUUAAAAAAAAAAUA